CAACAACAUCCGGGCAUUGGAGGCCUGUCUCCAUCAAGUUGUGUUUGGGUGUAAUACUCGCCCAUCUAAGACGCUGAGAGAGCGUUAAGGAGCGCUGGGGGAACAUAUUGUGCCCCCGCAUUUUGUGUUUGAAGGAUUCUUUUUGUAGACUACAUAACUGUUAUUGAUCUAAUUGUGAUAUAAUUGGAUUUUUUUACUUCUUUAAAGUGUUCAACAUGGAGUUAUGAAAAUGGUUGCCCAAGGUCGUUCAGCAUUCGUUAUCUCUGCUAAGCAGAAGAGAACGAGAGGUUCUACUUCUCAUUUGUGUACUACUGUUGAUGUUCGAGGAAGGGAUAGUAAAUAUGGACAAAAAAUUAUCUCGUCAGCUGUCUGUUCCGCCGAAGAACGGUGCAACGUCCGACAGUAAGAAAAAUGAUAUUAACAGUCCUAAUAGGUUUUCUAAGUAUGGUAAGAAAAGAGAAUCAGGAGCGGGUCGGGGAAGCACACCAGACCAUGCCCGUCGCCCAACCCCUCAGAAAUCCAGGGCUACCGGGGACAAGCGACCACGAUCUAGAGGAAAUUACAAUGACCGUCAAAGAGAAGAGGUAGCAGAACCUGUGGACUCAGAGUAUGAGUCCCUCAUGUUCACUGGUGGCUCUAAGAAAGCCAGUUUGAAUCACCUGUUUAACUUCACGUUUGCGGGUCGUGAAACUCACUAUGGAAGUUCCGGUGCUUAUCAAAGAGUGAGAAGACCACGAACAGGAGGAAGAGUGUACAAUAAAGAAAGAUUUCUUCAGGCAAACUGCCAGUUUGUUGUGGGAGAUAGUGGUGAUUACAUAGCUCACUCCAUCGACGCAGACACUCUCGUUGACUGGGAUCUGGUGGAGCAAGUGAGGACAUUGAGCCAGGAGCCGCCAUCAUGUCCCAUUUGUUUGCAGGAACCACAGGCUGGGAAGAUAACCCGCUGUGGACACGUCUACUGCUCGGCAUGUAUCCUGCACUAUUUGGAACUGGGGGAGAAAAAAUGGAGAAAGUGUCCCAUUUGUUACGAGUACGUUCACAAGAGUGAUUUAAAGAGUGUACAGAUCCGAGUUGUCCAUGCAUAUAAACCAGGGGAAACAAUCACUUUGCGACUGAUGAAGAGGGAGCGUGGUAGCACCUACUCUGUUCCCAAAUCGCAGUGGGAGAAGCGAGACGGGAAACCACACAGAAUCACAGAUGAUGUAAAUACAGAGCAUGUCAAGCUGCUGGUGGCGUCACCCAGUCAGAUUCAGGAAACUAUCAUUGAACCAGAGAAGGCAGCUCUGAACAAGCAUAUGCAGAAUGCUGAGGCUUCAGAAGUGUGUUUCAUUGAGUCAGCCAUGGUCAUGCUGAAGGAAAGAGAGGAAAGCCUUCACACCAGUACUCCACAUAAGAAGCACCGUGAAGCAAGACGAACCCGUAAAGCUGAAGUUGACAAAGUAAAAUCUCCAAAGUCUGUGAUGGCGAACAAUGACAAUUCACCAGUCAAACAGUACGCAUCAGCCUUUUCUGAUGGAGAAGAUUCAGAUGAGGAUAGGAAUAAUAAAUCUGCUGAGCCUGGAAAAAUAACUAGAGAUGCCAGUCUUCCAGAAUCCCUUAACCCUGAUUCCAAAAUCCGCACUGAAUCCACCACCUCGUCCUCCUUGGAAACCCUGACACACUCGGACAUGGACACCAGUCUGUCUGAGGUGGACGCCUCUGCUGUUGAUGUACCCAGUGGGCGGUCGUCCCUGCCUGAAAGCUCUGUGGGAUUGCCUGAUGGUCCCAGUCUGUCUGAGAUACAGGAGUCACUGGAGGCUGCCAUGCCUGUUGAGGAAGCGGCGGAGCACCUGGAACUGCCCCCAGAGAGUGAGCAUGGAAACAGUGGCAGAAGGGGCAACCAGACAAAAAGUGCAUUCUUCUAUUAUCAAGCAAGUGACGGUCAGCACAUCUAUCUCCAUGCUGUGAAUGCUCGGUGUCUGGUGAAAGAAUAUGGCAGACUAGAGGACUGUCCUGACACCAUCACCGCCAACAUUGUAGACACAGAGAUCAUCUUUAUGACUGAGGAACUGCGGAAGAGACUUCGGUACCUAAACCACCUGCCACUGACUUGUGAAUUCCAGGUAGCAGAGCUUGCACUGAAGCCACCCCUUCUGUCAAAAGACACACUUCGACACUUUGCUGGUGACAUAGAAAAGCGUAGACGUAUGCGUCAAAAAAAGAUGCGUGAUGACAAGAGAAGGUCAAGGAAGAUUGAGAUGGAAGAGAAUGAAAAGAUGGGGAAAUUUCCUGGUAUGAAGCUGUCAUUGAGCAGCUUUGCCCAGUUCCCGGCUGCAGGCGAUGGCCAUGUCCAUGUGUCGGGGUCCCCUGAAAUCAGGUCUGAGUCACCCUCUGUUUCCAGCCUCGCGAGCACGCCUCCUGUAUCACCAUCAGGUUUCAAUGUGAGUGCAGCAGAGUUUGUGCCGGGAGCCAGUCCUGCUAUAGAAGACGUCAGUGAUGGCGAGCAGACAUCCAUGUCAUUUGCUCAGAUGUUGAAGGCUGGGAAAGCUAAGGCCAAGCCUAUGUGGCCACGCCCUGUUGAAGCGCAGGUUCCGGCACAGGCAGGGCCAGUGGUCCCCCGAUCUGCUGACACGGAUGACAGUGAUAACGAAGACCGAGUCCCUGUACCUAUGUACCAGGACUCCUUCUCAUGUGCCAUACAAGCUGCACUGGACACCAUAGAUAAGCCUAAAGAAGCUCGUCCAGGGAAUGCAGGAAGGAAGAAACAGAAGAAACCCAAAUUCACAAAGCUGUUCACCACCUCCAUGACAAGGGGGAAAUAGUCCCCUGUAGUGAUCUGCUGCAGUCCUCCUAUAGUUAUCCCCAGCUUGUAGCGCCAGCCAGCCGGUCUAUGAUCAUUCUGAGUUGCAAUCUAAAUAACUGCAUGUACAAGAACAAGAGUUUUUGCUCCUCUCUGGCUUGCUAGGUUUUGUUGUAAAGGAAAUGGUAAUCUUCCAUAAAUAUGAUGGAAUUAAAAAUUAUGUCUAUAAUUUAUUUGUGUAAUUAUUUCUCUUACAAUUAGAGUUCAGCAAUAUGGGUGUGAAAGUGGUGCAAAUGAUUUCAUUCUGAAUCUAUUCAAUAUAAGAACAGUUUUUGCAUAUUUAUAUAAAUAUGUCUCGACCAUUUUCAGCCUACUUUUAACUUUGUCAAAUGUAAUACCAAAAUAUGAUAGCGAUGCUGAAAAAUAUGCAACACAAAUCUAUAGAUAUUCAUUGUGGUCUAGUGUUUGACACUGAUAGUUGAUGUAUGAACUUUGGAGGCAGACUUUUGUGUCUGUAGCGAAAUUGAAAUGUGGUUUCAUUUGAAAGUCUUUUCAAUGAGUUCAUCCUUUAUUCUCAAAAUUCUGUUCCGAAGAGGCAAAAUGGUAUAUUGCUUUAAUAAUCAAUCAUUUCCUGACUUUAUUUGUAAAUUUGAGUUGUAAAUUUGGUGAAGAUAGCAUUUUGUAUGAACCUUUUAUUUAUUUAGUUGUUUUGUAUGUGAUGGCUCACUUUAUUUACUUCAUUAUGUUCACUCACACUGUAGAUAUCAAAACUGGAAUCCAAAUUAUGAUCUACUCUUCAUUUUUUUGUUUGUGGGAUUAACUGAUAUAUAAUCUAUAUGCUAAGACCAGAAUAUGUCUAUUUUAUAUACUAAAAGGUGGUACAAACAUUUUUUGAAUUGGCAUGACAAAAAAACCUUGCUGUUCAUUGUCAUAAAAUGGACGUAAUAAAAACCAAAGAAUCUGAUUUAAGUAAACACAAGGGGAAAAAAAGUAUAAGGGGGAUAGUAAGUGUUGAUGUUUAUUUACAUAUAUUGACAUUUUGAUAAGGUUUUGCUGCAAAUACGGUUAUGGAAAUUGCCCUGAGUUCUUAUUGAGCAAUGAUUGUAGACUAUGAUUGUGUAGUACGGAUCACCUGACAUCUGACAUGAAGCUUUGAGUAGUUAUCGUCUGAAAAUGCCAAAUAAAAUCCUUGAAACCGA